CUACAGAGCGCAUAAAGCUUGGACAUAUAAGAGCUCUCUCUCUUUCUUCGCCUGAACAGUGCCAUUUCCACCCAUCAAUAAAUGAUUCGUUUCCUCCUUUCAUUAAAGCUUAUGCAUUCCUUCUGCUGUGAUACUACUUCGCGAAAUCCUUUAACCAUUCCCCAACCCAGUCCGCGGUCAGCAACCUCCCUCGCCAUGUCCUCGCCCUCAUCCUCCGCAUCCGCCACGCCGUGGCGGAGGGCUCAGCUCAAAUUACGCUCCGUCUCCGACGGUCACCGCACUUCGUCUCCUCAGAACACGCUUCUUGCGGUGAGGAUUAACCAGACGGCGGGGAAUGGAAUCUCCGGAAUACUGUACAAAUGGGUGAAUUACGGGAGAGGAUGGCGGCCACGAUGGUUCGUCCUCCAGGACGGCGUCCUUUCCUAUUACAAAAUUCACGGGCCCCGUAAGAUUGUCACCAAUCACCAGACCGAAAAAGGUUCCAUGGUUAUCGGUCAGAAGUCGUUUCGCCGAAUCAAUAGCUGUUCUCAAAGUCCCGCUUCUUCCAAAUCCCUCGGCCGCAAACCCUGUGGAGAAAUCCACCUUAAGGUGUCAUCUGUGAGGGAAAGUAGAUCAGAUGAUAGGAGGUUUUCAUUAUAUACUGGGAUGAGAACACUGCAUUUGAGGGCAGAGACGAGGGAUGAUCGGAUUACUUGGAUAGAGGCACUGUUGGCAGCAAAAGAAAUGUCCCCUCGGAUGCCAAAUGAGGAACUUCUAAUCACCCAAAUCAAUGAGACUAUGGCCAUGUCAACUGAGAAGCUCAGGAAGAGGCUGAUGCAGGAGGGUGUUUGUGAGGCUGCGAUUCAGGACAGUCAACAGAUUAUACAGAGUGCGUUUGCAGCUUGGAAAAAAGAUCUGCUUCUCCUCAAGCAAAAAGAGUUGCAGCUGAUUGACAAACUGCGGCAGUUGGAGGCAGAAAAAGUUGACCUCGAGAACACGCUUGUUGAUGAGAGUCAAAGGCAUGCAAAGACUUCUCUUUUCCAGGACAAAUUUAGAGAAGGAAGCGUGAAUGAAUCAGAUGAUGACAAUGAUAGACAUCCUCUUGCAGAUGAAGAUAGUGAUGGUGAUGAUGAUGAAGACAUGUUUGCUGAUGCUCGAGAUUUUCUUUCUUCAAAUUCAUUCAGAAAACAAGGGAGUGGUGAUAGAAAACCAUUAUCUGAUUCUGAUGAUGAAGGAAGUCAUCCAUCUCAAAAUACAAUAUCAGUUGAAAACAAAUAUCCUUAUGUGAAGCGCAGAAAUAGAUUGCCGGACCCACUCGAAGAAGAGAAGGGAGCAAGCCUGUGGUCAAUGAUCAAAGAUAACAUUGGGAAGGAUCUAACUAAAGUCUGCCUUCCAGUAUAUUUCAAUGAACCACUAUCUUCCCUGCAGAAAUGUUUUGAAGAUUUUGAAUACUCUUACCUUCUCGAUCAAGCAUAUGAAUCAGGAAAAGGGGGUAAUAGCUUUAUGAGGAUGCUUAAAGUAGCAGCAUUUGCUGCAUCUGGAUACGCUUCCACUGAUGAAAGACAAUGCAAGCCAUUUAAUCCUUUACUUGGUGAAACUUUUGAAGCUGAUUACCAAGACAAGGGGUUACGGUUCAUCUCAGAAAAGGUUAGUCAUCAUCCAAUGAUCCUUGCAUUCCACUGUGAAGGACGUGGAUGGAAAAUAUGGGCAGAUUGCAACCUGAAGAGUAAGUUUUGGGGUAGAUCCAUUCAGAUUGACCCUGUUGGUGUAAUUACAUUGGAGUUUGAUGAUGGAGAAGUAUUCAAGUGGAGAAAGGUUACAACUUCUAUAUACAACCUCAUUCUUGGAAAAGUCUACUGUGAUCAUUAUGGAACUAUGAAUAUCCAAGGAAAUCGAAACUACUCCUGCAAGCUUAAAUUUAAGGAGCGUUCUCUCAUCGAUCGAAAUCCUCACCAGGUACAUGGAGUUGUAGAAAAUAAUGGAACGCCAGCAGCAACACUGUUCGGGAAAUGGGAUCAGUGCAUUCAUUACUGCCAGGAGGAUUAUUUAGGGAAAGACAAAGGAUCGGCUUCAAUGUCAGAUGCACAUUUGUUGUGGAAAAGAAACCAACCAUCAAAAUUUAAAAGCAAAUACAACUUCACGGACUUCGCAAUCACCCUUAAUGAACUGACUACUGAGCUAAAGGAGAAAUUGCCACCAACAGAUUCAAGGCUCAGGCCUGAUCAAAGAUUUCUGGAAAAUGGCCAGUACCAAAUGGCUAACGCAGAAAAGUUACGUUUGGAACAGAGGCAGCGCCAGGCGGUUAUGAUGCAAAAAAGUGGAUGGAAACCUAAGUGGUUUUCAAAAGCAUCAGACAGUGAUGGAUACAGGUACAAUGGUGGAUAUUGGGAGGCAAGAGAGCACGGAAACUGGGAGUCAUGCCAAAAUAUCUUUGGUGCAGUAACUACCACUUGACCUGCAAACUUAUCGGAUCCAUGUAGUUUCUAUAACACGUUGUGCAGCCUCGUAUAAAAGAAAAAGGACAGUAUUGCAAAUUACAAAAACCUAGUGCCACCACACAACAAACUGUAGAUAGAUACAAUUGCGCUGGUGGUUCUGUAGGUAGACAAAAGUUCCAACUUUUUGUUUGUAGAUAAACAACAUUCCAUUGUUCAGUCCUACUGCUCCAUAGGGUUUUAUAUAUAGGAAAUAGAUUAUCCAACUUCUUGUAAUAGAAACAGUGAAAAGUCUGAUGUGCCAUAUGAUUCAAUACAAUAUACAAAACAUUACAAAUUUUUUAAGAAAAAUUUCAAUGACAGAACUGUGUAUAACAUAUGCAAUUGCAGAAGACAUGUUAUUAUAAAGAUUUAUUACAGGAGGAAGAGGAUGAGGUGCCUGUUAUUAUCAUCUAGGGCCAGAGAGUUGAUGAGAAGACUUGAAAGAGGACUUGUAAAAACUACAGGUAUCACUGCUGCCCACAUUUGCGAUUUCGUGCUGAUAGAAAUGCACCAUAUUCUGCUCAUUACCCUCCGCCUGAGAUGUUUCGGUGAACCUCCUGCCAUAGAAGCGCAAGAAAUUGAGGGACCCCACCUGAGGAUCACCCAGAGGUAGCCCUCCUUCUAGCAUCCCAACCACAUUUGUCAUGGUCGGCCGCAGAGCUGGAUCUUCGUGUAGACAGCAGAGAGCCACCCUGACCAGUUUCUCCACUUCCUCGGUCUGUACCUCCCCUGCCAGCUGCGGAUCCACCAGCUCCAGGACAAGUAGGGGGAAAUAAUCCCACCGAGCUUCCUCCUCACCCCUACAAUUCUUCUUGCCGCUCACAAGUUCCAGCAACACCAUCCCGUAGCUAUACACAUCCGUCUUCUCUGUGAUGGAGGAGUUUGUCAGCCACUCAGGAGCUAAAUACCCUCUAGUCCCUCUCAAUGUAGUGAACCAGCUAGAUUGCUCUGAAGACAUCAGCUUGGACAGCCCAAAAUCUGAGAUCUUAACUUGCAAGCAGUUGUGGUAGUGAAGGAGGAUGUUUUCCGGCUUGACAUCACAAUGAAUGAUCUUGGGUUCACACCCACUGUGCAAGUAAGCCAGGCCACGUGCGGUUCCGAUGGCAAUCUCGACCCUUUCCUUCCAUUUCAACACGUUUGGGAGUGGGACCCCUCCAUUCCUGCCGAACAGUGCUCGAUCCAGCGAACUCCGGUUCAUAUACUCGUACACUAGAAAUCUUGAAUCUCUGUGUAUGCAGAAUCCCUUGAGUCUCACCAGAUUGAUGUGAUGGAUUUUCCCUAUGGUCGCGAUCUCACUGCAGAACUCCCUCUUCCCUUGUACUCCCAGUCGGCUCAUUUUCUUCACUGCCACCUCUGUUCCGUCGGGAAGACUGCCUUUGUAUACUGUCCCAAAUCCACCUGAACCAAUUUGUGACCCGAAAUUGUCCGUUGCAUCCGUGAGAUGCUUGUAAGCUAAACUCACUGGCAUCCCUGGGAGUGAAGCAUAUCCGACAAGCUCAGAAGAACAGGAAUGAGAAGAAUAACUGUUUGACAUUCCGUUCAUCUUGCAGGAAUUUUUCCCCCUUUUCCAAACGACGACUAAAAAGGCCAAUAAGGCAACAACGACUAAUGGUACCAACACGGCAGCGUAAACCGGGAUUCUCCGCUUUCCAUUUUCCUGAUUCGGAUCCGUGGUCAAUUUUAUAUAACCUAAACGGUCAUUGGAGGUUACUUUCUUCUUUACUGAACCUAGGUAAUCUCGAACCAUGUAGCAAGAUCCUGAAGAUUGGCUGUGAAAAAAUCCCAAGCAAGAACAGUUCCUCGAACAGAUAUCUUCACAGGUGGACAGAUUCGUAUCAAGCUCCAGCGGGUGAAUGAAUUCGUUAGUGAAGUAGUCCAUGCCGCUUCCCAAUUUUAAAUACGAGAUGGUCGAAAUAAUACUUCCAGUCGAACUCUUACAUGAAGAAGAGUUCCCCGGCAAUGGUAGCUUGCCGUUUAAGGGGACGCAACCGCCGUCUGACGUGGAAUAACUAUGAAAUCCCGGCAGGCAAGAACACAUGCCGCUAUUGCAGACUCCUAGGCUCUGGCAAAUGAAUGGUGCCCAACAAGGGUCCGCCGGUGCGUUGAAUCCACCGACUUCACUUCCAGCGCCGUUCAAGAGCAUGGUGUUCAGUGCGCCAUUGCUUCCCAUCUUCAGGAUCAUGAAAUCAGUAGGAGAGUUUAUGAGAGUAACUUGUAUUACAAUCUCUGUUCCGUUUGAUGCCACGAGGAAAAUCCCGUUUCUCCUUAGCUCUGCGUAUUCCACGCGCGUGUUUGUGUCUCGAAACGCGCCGCCGUACAUGGAUAAUUUCCAGUAAACCAUCUUCCUCCAGAGAAACACGGCGUCGUUCUCUGUGACGGAGAAUUCGUAGUCCCCCACUGACGACAGGUCACCGUCCUUCAACGAGCUGACCAAUGAUCUCCCGACGAGCAACCGUUGACCAACCACCAUCGUGUCAGUCGGGUAAUCAAAGCUUUCCCAUACAGAGUUAUUUGACGAAUCAAGUAGAACCAAAUUCCCAGAAUCUUGGAGUUGUAAGGAGGAAACAGAGGAGACAUUGGGCGAAGUAAACAAGGGAGUUGACCAGAUAGGUCUGCCGGAAUCAUCAUAAAGUGCAAGGCCACGGCGGGAGAGAUGGAGUUCAGCAGAGUCUGACACGGGAAAGUUGCGGUUGGCGGCCCAAACGACGGUAUGAGAAAUGGUAUGGAAGAUGACGAAGUAGAAUGAACGUUCCUCCGGCCUGACGUUGGCUACGGCGGCACUGAAUGUAGCGUCAGCCGAGGACAAGAAUGCGCCGGAAGUAUCAAUGAAUUUGGUGAAGGAAGCGGAGAAGUUAGGGGUUAUGGAAUGGAAGGAAAGAGGACCGCAAAGGGAAAGGUUUGAGGAUAAGAGGAGGAUAAGGACGAUCAAGAAUAGGGAUAAAAACAGAGGAGGAGAAAAACUUCCCAUCCCAUGCAUGGGAAUGAGGACGGCGAAAAAUACGAAUGCAUGUAAAAACUGUCCAAAUUGGGAAGUUAAUUAAGUUUGAUAACAACAUUUGUUUCUUUAUUGUUCAAUAUAUCCAUUACUGGGAGGGAUUCCGCGUUUAUCCAUGAAAGGGGCGGAGGCGUGGAGCCAAGACACUAGGCUCAUCUAAUAAAUAUUUGAAAAAAUAUUUAUAUGAAUUUUUUUACAUUAAUUAUU